AUGGACAUUGAGCAGAAGCAAGCGGAGCAUAUAGACUACUUCGUGAAGAAGGCGUCGAGCCUCAAGGGCUCAGCUCUGUCAAACGUCGUCGUUGAGGCCACUUUCCACCCUUACCUAUUCGCUUUCUCCGAGAUUCUAUCCGUUCCUAGCGUACUCGAGCUUGAAGGAACUGAGAACAGUUCAUUACUUCAGUUGCUUCGCAUAUUUGCACAUGGGACAUGGAGUGAAUAUAAGAGUGUUGCAAGUCAACUUCCACAAUUGGUUCCCGAUCAAGUUCUCAAAUUGAAGCAGCUGACUGUGCUCACUCUGGCUGAGACAAACAAGGUUUUGCCAUAUGAUACACUGAUGAAGGAGAUAGAUGUUACCAAUGUACGUGAAUUGGAAGAUUUUCUGAUUAACGACUGCAUGUAUGUGGGGAUUAUCAAAGGAAAGCUGGACCAGUCCCACAGAUGCCUCGAGGUGCACUUUGCUGCAGGAAGGGAUCUUAAGCCUAAACAUUUGGUUAGCAUGAUUCAAACUCUAGCAAAUUGGCUAUCCACAUCAGAAAGCCUCCUUGGCUCAAUCCAAGAGAAGAUAAAAUGGGCAGAUACUAUGACUGAAAUUCGAACGGAGCACAUGAAGGAAGUUGAUGAAAAAGUUGGUGAAGUGAAGAGAAUACUAUCGUUGAAGGCCGAUGCCAACUACAGAGGGUACUAUGAGGAACUCUAUUUUGAGCAUGAUAGAAUGAUGGGCUUUGAAGAAAUCCGCAAUAUCCGACACAAAAGGCGACGUCACCCCAUGGGUUGA